CUCUGUUCAGGAGGGCGGUCCAUCCGUGAUGAUGAUGAGCCUGCUAGCAGCCAUCGAGCGAGCUAACUGUGUGGAGCUAGCGUGCUGCCAAAGUGUAUAGUUUAUUUUCGGGACAGCACGAUGAAGAUCAUCAUGAAGUAUUACAUACCCUUUCCGCUACGACAUAUUGACAACAUCAUGUUUUCAUAAGGGCGUCUUUUGACACUACAGUGGGUCUGUGUGACCCCCCAGGAUCAUUGUUUGGAUGGAGUAGGAGCACCGCAGCGGGUACGGAUGGGAUUUCCUCAGCUAGCCGAUGCUAACGUUAGCGCUAGCUGACUAGCUUCACGGCUAACCGGUUGGCGUUAGCUAUCUGACACAGGUAGCCUUAUAUUUGUUUUUGUGUUUGUGUUGAUACUGCUUAUCGAUAUCACUACCAAGUUUCUUAUACCCCAAACUGUCGAAUCGUCUGGUUUUAUCAUCGUAUUAAAACCUUUUGAGUAUCACCUCAUGUUUUCAUAGUAUAAAUGACAUUGAUCUACUUGGAGAACUUAGCUAGCACGAUAAGCUAUCGAGGCAGCUAAGAAACAAACACCCAACGUUGACCCACUAAACAGCCACUAAACACAGAGUAUUUUAGGCAACUGUGGAGCCCAGGCUAAGAGUCUAACAAUAACAGAUAACUCAUUGACUGAGCUGUAUGUUUUAAUCUUGUUGGAGGCCAGCAAGUUUGUUUACAUGAUACUUUCAUUCGUCAUUAUUGGACCUUUGCUGUCUGUUUCAAGCUGAUUUAACACAAUGUUACCUAGUGUGAGAGUUUUUACUGCUUUACUUUUGAUUAAUUUUAGUUUUCGAUGUGAAGUUUUCUUUGAGUUAGUUGUUAAUGUCAUAAUGGAUGAAGGAAAUAUUUAAUAUCUCAGAUCUAUACAGUUUAAGCUACACAUCUAUCUAUAACAUGAAUGACUUUCUGACAGCUGGUUUAACAACUGUCCUAAAAAAGACUUAAUAUGUUGACAGUUUAUGACAUGGUGAUCUAAAAAGGUGGUAAAGGUAUAGAUAACAGAUCCACAGGAAAUGUGGUUACUAAAAUUGUCACACAGCACUUGGUGGUUAAUUGGUAUGCUCUCGUGUGUGUGUGUGUUUGUGUGUGCGUGUAUCAUUUUUAGAUUGCUAUCUGCAUUUAACUUCACCGUCCUUAAAAUAUUCACCACAAGCGUUUUGCAUUACUGUGCGCAGGUCAGUGCUUCUUAUAUAAUCCUUCUGUUUCCUUUUUCCUCGCAGUUGGUUGACAUCGUUCAUCUGAUAAUUACCAGGCUCUGAAAAGAGCGGAUUUGCUGGCACAACCAUGCCUCCCAGGCCCUCCUCAGGAGAACUAUGGGGGAUGCACUUGAUGCCCCCCAGCAUCCUAGUUGACUGCCUCCUGCCAAAUGGCAUGAUUCUCACUUUAGAGUGCCUCCGGGAGGCCACACUGAUCACAGUUAAGCAUGAGCUUUUCAAAGAGGCCAGGAAGUACCCUCUCUACCAUCUGCUGCAGGAGGAGAGCUCCUACAUCUUUGUCAGUGUUACUCAAGAGGCUGAGCGGGAGGAGUUUUAUGAUGAGACCAGGAGGUUGUGCGAUCUCAGACUCUUCCAGGCUUUCCUAAAAGUUAUAGAGCCAGUUGGCAACAGAGAAGAGAAGAUCCUUAACAGAGAGAUAGGUAUGGCUCUUCAUUUAUUCAGCAAACAAACUAGACAUUAUAAUUGUGUAAUGUACUCAGUGUCAGCCUUGGUGAUAUCAUUCCCACCAGUGAAUAUGAUUAAAAUACAGUUUUGCUGUAUGUAAUCCAUUCUUUUUGUAUUAUAUAUUAUAAUAUAUAUUAUAUUUUAUGUCAAGACUUACAUCUCACAUGUCAUGAAAAUGGCCAAAAUCUAAAUGGAGCAUUUAGCUGUCAGAAUAUGUAUAACAAUCAUAAAUCAUGCAUGUUUUUUUCCAUUUUAGGUUUUGCUAUUGGGAUGCCAAUCUGUGAGUUUGACUUGGUAAAAGACUCAGAAGUGCAAGACUUCAGAAGGAACAUUUUAAAUGUUUGCAAAGAAGCUGUUGACCUCAGAGACAGUAAUGGACCCCACAGUAGAGCUUUGUACGUGUAUCCCCCCAAUGUCGAAUCAUCUGCAGAUCUUCCCAGGCACAUCUAUAACAAGUUAGAUAAAGGUAAAAGAUUUGACACUGAGCUGCAGCUGUUCACCACAAUAACAAAGUCAUGCAUACAAUAUGGAAGCAUUUGCGAUUUUUCUUUUUGCUGCAAAUUGAUGUCAAUUUCCUUUAAUUUGAUCUUUUACGCUGUUUCCUGCAGGUCAAAUCAUAGUGGUCAUAUGGGUUAUCGUGUCACCCAGCAACGACAAGCAGAAGUACACCCUGAAGAUCAACCAUGACUACGUGCCGGAGCAGGUGAUAGCUGAAGCUAUUCGUAAGAAGACACGCAGCAUGCUGCUCUCCCAGGAGCAGCUGAAGAUGUGUGUCCAGGAGUAUCAGGGAAAGUACAUCCUCAAAGUCUGCGGCUGUGACGAGUACUUACUAGAGAAAUACCCUCUGAGUCAGUACAAGGUAAUCUAAUUUAAUCUCAAGCCUGCUGCAUCUGAUGCUGUUGUGCUUAGAGAGGAUGAGAUUCACUUCACAUCAAAUUAUCAUCCAACACAGAUGUGCUGUGCAUUUAUGACAUAAUAAGAUUUUAGACAAAGAGUGCUGCCUGUAAAAUGAUGCUGAUUCAAUAGACUGUUUGCUUCACUUAAGUACUUUAUGUUUCAGCUGUUGCUGUGUUGUCAUUUGAAAUUCCAAUAUGUAACAUGUUUUUAAACCUAGAAAUUUUAUGCUUCCAAAUGUCAAGCAGUGGGAAAUGAUUCAAGUGUCACUUUGUCCUCGACAGUAUGUGCGCAGCUGUAUCAUGCUGGGACGGAUGCCCAACUUGAUGCUAAUGGCCAAAGACAGCCUGUAUUCCCAGUUGCCCAUGGACAACUUCACCAUGCCGUCUUAUGCAAGGCGGAUAUCAACUGCAACGCCUUACAUGAAUGGAGAAACAGCCACAAAGUCUCUGUGGACUAUCAAUGGGACGCUGCGGAUCAGGAUACUGUGUGCCACUUACGUCAAUGUCAACAUCAGAGACAUUGACAAGGUACACACGCAGAUCAUCACUGUUGUGUUGUGCUUUUUCCGGCUUGUUUGAUUUGCAUAUUCAGUGCUUUGUGCUGGUUGCACUUUAAAUAAACUGUAGCAUGUACAAGCGCUGUGCCUGCAGAUCCAGCUUGUGAACAUUUAGAUACUCGGGCAAUAUAAUUACAUUACGUGGCCAUUCAGAAAAAGCCACAGCCAGCCAUUAGCUACCCACAGAUUAAAUGUUGUCAAUUAAGAGGCCACUGUGAGGUUAACUAGCUUUAUGGCCAAGAGAGAAAGCAGAUCAAAGACAUUGUGGAGGAAGAAAAACUGAACAGAAAGAACAGCAACUAGAGAGAAUUAUUUUUGUCUAGAAAAGACAAAAGUCAUCCUGAUGUCUGAUUGUAUACACCUGAUUUUCUUCAUAUUGUGCAGUCCUUCACUGCAUGCAUAAAAAAAUGAAUAUAAACAACAACUUUGUCAUUUCACUGUAUUAAUCGGAUGUUUUUGCUUCUUUAGAUCUACGUCAGGACGGGGAUAUACCACGGUGGAGAGCAGUUGUGUGACAAUGUCAACACUCAGCGUGUGCCCUGCUCGAAUCCAAGGUAGCACACAUGAGAGAAUAGAGUUUCAUACUCUGGGACUAACACAUGCUUCGACUUGUAAAGUGAUUGGUUCUGUAUUAAUACAAUUUUUUUUAUUCAUUACAGGUGGAACGAGUGGCUGAACUACGACAUGUACAUUCCAGACAUCCCGCGAGCUGCUCGGCUCUGCCUCUCCAUCUGCUCUGUGAAGGGGAGGAAGGGCGCUAAAGAGGUUAGCAGUGAAAUGCCAAAAAGCUACGCUAAGGUCAUGAUGAUUAGGAUGCUGUUCUUGGUAGAUUUGGCCAAAUAUUGUGCUUUGCUGUAGAUAACAAAUGCAUUUGAUGCAUCUGUAUAUAUUUCUUGAGUCUUACAUUAGGCAGAAAUGUCUGAAAAAACUAAUGGCGUGUCCUUAAAGUAAAAAAAAAAGAAGAUGUUUAAAUAAAGAAGUCGAUCAGUAAUUGUCUGUUCCUCUCAUGCCAUGAGCAAUUACUAUCUGAUUUCUUGGUGGGGAUUGUGCAAGUGGUUUUCAAUAAAACAGCAGGGCAGAGUUAAAAGACUUGAUUAACUAAGGAGUUUGAGGUGUGCAGCCUCUGGCAGCAUGUAGUGGCCGAUACUUCUAGUUUUUGAUUAUUCUCUGCAAAAGAUAAAUCUAAAUGUGACAAAAAACAGCCAUGUCUGUAUUUGUAAAAGCAUUUUUCAUAAACUGUUGUCGUCAGCAUCACCUGCAGGGACAAAUACAUUGUAUUUUCAUUGUCUGCUGCACAAUGAUAAUUGCAAGUUGUACACUUAUAUUGUGAAGCAGUGUAGAUAGGAAAUGCUGGGUUUUUUAUGUAGCUCUGACAGGCUUGGCAAAAUGAGCAGAAAGCGGUGAAGCCGAUUGUAAGGGACAAAGCCGUAACUGUGGGGAUAUAAACAUACGUUUAUCAUUUUUGUGCACCCUUUGUGUGAAUGCAAAGGCAGACCUCAUUAAAACUAAAAUGACGGUACUGAGUUGUUGAUACAGAAUAUGAAAACAGAGAAUGGCCAUUGUGUAAAAAAAACCUUGAUGCAAUGAAAAAUGUGCAGGAUCAAACAUAUUCGAAGCUUUUUACAAAGUCACUUACUGUAGGCACGAGGAACAAACAACUUCCCUUUGUUCUGCUCUGCACCUGUCUGUUGAAUAGCUCAGGGCUGUUGUCUCUAAUGAUUUUCAUAUGCAUCAUCUCGCUGGUAUUUUCCUGUAGGAGCACUGCCCCCUCGCCUGGGGCAACAUCAACAUGUUUGACUACACCCACACACUCGUAGCUGGGAAGAUGGCUCUCAACCUGUGGCCUGUCCCACACGGCUUGGAGGACCUGCUCAACCCUAUUGGCGUCACAGGAUCCAACCCAAACAAGGUGAACAAGGAAAUGUCAACAGUAUGAACAUAACGCUGACUCACUGUUUAUGCUCCAGAAGUUCCUUGUGUUUUACAGAAAAUAAACAGUGGUUUGAUGGCAGUAUUUAUGCUCGAAUAAUACUGUUUUCUUUCUUCUUUUCAUGAGAUAUUCAAAUUAGAAAUAUGUGUAUGCAGAAUAUUAGAAUUAUAAACAUUGACAUUCACAGACAAGAACUGAGUAUGUUUAAACACUGAAAAGAAAAACAACUGCAAGGUGACGUCUUCCUUGACAUUUUUAGCCUUUGAAAUGUUUAUUGUGGGUUUCCGUGACCUCUAAAGCUCAUGGCCCAGUUGCAGUCUUGUAGUUGACAACAUGUUGAGUUUCAGAGCUGGACUUAAGCUGCUUGGAUUUAAUAAACAAGCCUCUUAUCCCACUUCAUUAAUCACUCAUUGACACCGCAGGCAUCUUUCUUUGACAACAGUAAAGAGAUCGAAUGACAGUUGAACCUCCUGCACUCUCUAAACAAACAGGAAACCCCUUGUCUGGAGCUGGAGUUUGACCAUUUCAGUUGCCCUGUCAAGUACCCUGAUAUGACCAUCAUUGAGGACCAUGCCAACUGGAAUAUCUCCAGAGAGCUUGGCUUUAAUUACUGCCACACCGGUUUGGUAAGAUAGCAGAAAUUCCAUUUGAACGGGCUUUGUUUGUUUUGUCGUGUUUCUUGGGUUCAUUUCAUUUUAUCCACCUCUUUGUUGUACGGUAUCUUAGAGUAACAGACUGGCACGGGACAACCCCCUGACUGACACCGACAAUGAUCAGCUACGUCAGGUGUGCAACAAAGACCCGCUUUCUGAAAUCACUGAGCAGGAGAAAGACUUUCUGUGGAGGCACAGGUAAUGUGUCAGCAGUUUUGCUGUUGUUUGGGCUGCUGUGAGCCUUUUAAAGUCCUGAUCUUGUCAUGAAAGCUGUAACUGAUUUAUACUCUCACCAAACCGUUUUAGACAUGACUGUGCCAACCUGCCAGAGAUCCUUCCCAAGAUCCUCCUCGCUGUGAAAUGGAACUCAAGAGAUGAGAUCGCACAGGUAAGCAUAGGUUGACAUGCCUUUCUUUUACAUGCAAAUCACACAAGGAACAAGAGGUGGGCCUAACUUUGUUGUUAAUGUGGCAAAUCAGCUGAUCUCAACACAGAAACACGACACAAAAACACUCAUGUUCUGUUUAAAAAUGCAUUAUGCCAAAUAGAUUAAUAACUGUUGUCAAUGUAUUAUAUAUUUUCUUUGCAUUUCAGAUGUAUUGCCUUCUGAAAGACUGGCCUGCUAUCAAGCCAGAACAAGCCAUGGAGCUGCUGGAUUGCAACUUCCCUGAUCCUAUGAUCCGAGAGUUUGCUGUAAAGUGCCUUGAGAAAUACCUAACCGAUGACAAACUCUCACAAUACCUCAUUCAACUGGUUCAGGUACAUUUCACUUUCGGCUUAAUUAGUGUGAAUUAUUUUCCUCAGAGGGUGAGGGUUGAUGUUUCACUUUCAUACAGUGCUGUAAUGUUGUUUUAAGAAAAAUUAGAAUGUUUUUUUCAAGUAUUUCCUCUCUUUUCUGUGCCCAGGUUCUUAAGUAUGAGCAGUACCUUGACAACCCACUUGCACGCUUUUUGCUGAAAAGAGCAUUAACCAACCAGAGGAUAGGACAUUUCUUCUUCUGGCAUUUAAAGUAAGUUGACUUUCAGGGAUUUGGCUGUUAUGUGUAGACUUAUUCCAAUUCUAUUUAGAAUGCAAGAAAGUCACCUGCAACUGUUUGUCAGCGUUGUGUGUACAUAUUCAAAUGGAGUUUCCAUGGUCACCAAAACCUCCUCCUUAUGCUUUUUUUUCUCACUUACAUAUGUGCAGGUCAGAGAUGCACAACAAGACUGUGAGCCAGCGGUUCGGCCUGCUGCUUGAGUCAUACUGCCGGGCCUGUGGCAUGUAUCUGAAGCACCUGAGUCGACAGGUGGAGGCCAUGGAAAAACUCAUCAAUCUGACCGACCUCCUCAAACAGGAGAAAAAAGAUGAAGCACAGAAGGUAAUCUGACAGCCAACAGCUGUUAAUUGUGAUCUGCUGAGCAGUUGAGUUUAAUCUUGUCCACAUCUGGACCAAUCUGGCCGCAGGGAUCCCUCGAUAUUAGAAGAGUAGAUAGAGUGAUGGGGUUUGAACAGUUGUUUUUAGGUUGACUGUAGCUGAAUAUAAACAGAGAAGAAAAAAAGAACAACAACAAAGAAAUACUUGAAUUAGCAACAAAGCUGGUAUGACCUGAGAUUAUAUUCACAUGGUACAUUCAGCAUUACUUAUAUAGCACUAGCUAUUAGGGGGUGUCAUGAUUCCACAAAUCCUUGAUUUGAUUUAAUUUUUCGAUUUUAGGGUCACAAUUCGAUUUGAUUCAAGAAUCUUUUUCUUACAGUACAGAGACCUUUGCCGUUUUUAGUCUAGUCUAUGAUCAUUGGUUUUAUUCAUUACAUUUUGUACAGUAAAUCUUAUUUCAAAAGAUGGGCUACAUACAAGAGAUGCAAUUUCCAUUAUACUUGUGUAAUGUAUGACAUUAGGCACUAAUGGUCAAAUUUAAAUGAUUUAUUAACAAUCUGUGAUCAGUGAAGUGAAAACAACAAAAACAAACAUAACAGAAAUGAAGUUAACAGAGGCUCGCAUUGGCUACAAUGUGCGGCGUUGUCAUUUGCUUCCGCUUUGCACACCUCCUGGAUGUGGAGGGAGGGGAUCGCUGAUUUCAAUUAUUGAGAACAUGAUGUAAUUUCGAUCGGUUUCAAUAAAAAAUCGAAAUCGUGACCCCCCUACUAGCUAUAUUUACAUCGGUGUUAUUUUAGAUUUAUUACUGUUAUGACUUAAUCUGUUUGAGUGUUUCCUGCUGCUGGACUGAGAAGAUAGUGUUAACAAAGGUCAGGUCCGGUGGUUGUUUCCUAUUAAAAGCCUCUGGGAAAGAGAAAAGAGCAGCGAUAGCAAAUGAAUGCAGAUCAGAGCGCGGGGAUGCUUCUUAUUAAAAUAAUCUUUUCCCUUUUGUGAGGCUCAAACUGAGGUCUAUUACACAGGACGUGAUGAAAAUGGUCUGUGUGAAUGUAUUCUUAAGACACUUGCAGCGUGUAGAAAUGUGAUAUUUUAAAAGUGUUUUAACUUCAACAUUAUUCCAGUCCAAUAAUGAUAGAUAGCUCUUUAAGAUAACAGUGAAAAAACAACCAGCCUGCACCCAGUGCUGGGAUGGGAGAAAAGCAGCUGAAGACUCACAAAGACAUUUGAAUCAAUGUUAAUGAAUACAACAUUUUCAUAGUUAAUUUGCAUCUAUUGAUACAAGAAUUACUCAUCCGUGAGGGAUCAUCAGAUGACCCCUCAAAAGAGUGGAUGAGAAGUGUGUGGCGGUGUGUUUAUCUCUGUAGAGAAUCUCUGCUCUGCCUUUUUUUUAUGAUUUUCCUGUGAAGCACCCAUCAAGGCUUCAAUCUGACCCCACUGUCUCUGUCUCUCUCCUCUGCUCUCUGUGCAUCUGCAACAGACGAUAAAGGUACUUUGUGCGUCUGUGUGACAUGUCUCUCUUAUUCACUAACUUAGUCACUUGACCACCACUUACUCCGUCUCACUCAUGUGGGUUUAUAAAUCUGAAACAAGAUCUCAUUACUUUUUAACUUUUUUUUGUACAAAGUUGUAGCACUGGAGAACUAUCAGUCCUUCAGUAAACCUUGCAUCUUGAAUAUUUGUUGUUGUUGUUGUUGUUGUUGUAAUCUGAAAGAUGUCUUUGUGCGAUGAUAGCUAUCUCUAAAAAUCAGGCACAGUACUGGCUGAAAGACGGGCAUAGCUUAUUGAUAAUGUACUGCACAUAUAAGUGACCGUGACUCAGUACAUGAAAUGGUUAUUAGCAUACGAGCCAAUGACCUAAAAUCUGAUUACAAAACUGUACCACAAGCAUUUUUCGGUGUGUAUGAAGACAUGACCAUUAAACCACACAGCACAAAAAUGAAUUAGCGCGUCAUCUCACUGUGAAAGCAGCAGCCUUGUUCAUGAUACUGGUGUUUCACCAACUGGACUGAUCUUUCUUUCCCCCUUUAAAGGUUCAAAUGAAGUUCCUGGUGGAGCAAAUGAGGAGGCCUGACUACAUGGAUGCCCUGCAGAACUUCACCUCUCCACUGAAUCCGGCUCAUCAGCUUGGAAACCUUCGGUACAUCAGCACUCUCUUAUCUAACACUCUCUAUAGAAACUCUUCAGCACAAUGGAAGUUUUGCCUUAAAAGGCUGAUGACACUAUUGAAUGUAAUCAAACCGGUUUAAUGACAAGUAUGCAGUCAUUAUUUACUCUAUAGUUAACUAUGUCCUAGAAAAUAAGAUAAAUGAUUUAAUUUGAUUUUAGAGUCAAGUCUUGUGAGCCGUCAACUAAAGUCAGUUUAUUCAUUUACAACCUUUUUCCUCCCUCUUGAAAAAAUAUCUGUGACUCUGUUUCAGUCUGGAGGAGUGCAGGAUGAUGUCAUCAGCCAAGCGACCACUGUGGCUCAACUGGGAAAACCCGGACAUGAUGUCAGAGCUGCUCUUCCAAAACAACGAGAUCAUCUUCAAGAAUGGAGACGGUGAGUGAAGCCGUUUCCUCCUGUAAUCUCUGACUCAACUCGUCCUGUCUUUCCUGUCUGAAUCAGUUCACACACUCAGAACACUGAAAUUCUCCCUCUGAGUGCGCACUAUAUUUCCUACUUAGCCUGUGUUUCGUAACAGGGUACGCAAACUCAGCCUCAUCUAUGUUUUAAAACUCAGAAGUAGUCCUCUUGUUGGAUUCACACUUCGCAGCAGCUGCUCGAGCAUUUCGGUGCACCAUCUGUGACCAAACCAACUUUGACAGCUCUGCUCCAUAAUGCAUGGUGCAGUUGAUCAAAGUGCGGCUAAGCAGCUAAUAAUCACCUGACUGUCAUCCUCCCCCUCAUCUCUCUCUGGUCCUCUGCAGAUCUGAGGCAGGACAUGCUGACGCUGCAGAUCAUUAGGAUAAUGGAGAACAUCUGGCAGAACCAAGGCCUUGAUCUCAGGUAGGCUCCUCCGUCCCCCCCUAUGACAGCCAGGAUGCAGGUGCACAUUAAGAGGCGCUGGGUGCUUUCAUGUUCUGCACUCCAUACCUGAAUGCAGAUUAGUGGAAACCACCUCGAGUCUUCUGAUGUCACUGCCGUCCCAAGGAUUUCUGCCUGUCUUUAAGUUUCCUGUCCCUCCUCUUCUUCCAGGAUGCUGCCGUAUGGUUGUCUGUCCAUCGGAGACUGUGUGGGUUUGAUCGAAGUGGUGAGGAACUCCCACACUAUUAUGCAGAUCCAGUGCAAAGGAGGCCUGAAGGGGGCGCUGCAGUUCAACAGCCACACACUGCAUCAGUGGCUAAAAGAUAAGAACAAGGGGGAGAUGUGAGUGAAAGAACAGUGAUUUUUUUUUAAAGCUUUUCUGGUCUGAGGUGAAGAUAUCGAUGAUACAACGACAUUUCUUUUGAAGUUCUUGUGAAGUUUUUUUUUAAUUUAAUCUGAUAAAUGUCACUCAUGAUGAUAUUUUUGAGUUUGUUAUUUUUGGUAAAACAUCCAAGACCUUCAUGACUCAUCCUUUAAUGGAGGGUGUUGUUAAUUUCGCCUCUAAAGAAACAAUUUAUCUUCUUUUUAAUUUUGCACACAAUCGAAUCACUAUCAUCCCCCUUCCACAUAUGAGUUUGUAAAUGACAUUUCUCUGCUUAAUCAAAGCUGUUGUAACUUCAGCAUGUCGUGUUGCAGUCUUGUUUAUUGCUUGGUGGGAUGGACCUCUCCUCUUCCUUUCAUGUAUUUAUCAUGUAUUUAUUCCUUUUUUAAGUUGAUGGUUGAUGUCAAUGAGGGAAUGGAAAUCCACUUCAGUGCUAUAGGCUGCUGCAAACACUGAUCAAUUAACCUGCUUUAAGUCUCGUUCUAGCUUUCAGAGUUUUUUUGUAGUAGAGGAAUCAAGUGGCAUACUGCUAUCCUUGGCAUGGGACUUUCAGCAUUUGUAUCUUCUCUUUGUUUUACAUCGUUUGAUGUCGUCACUAAUGCUCUCUAAAAGAAUGACUCUCCAUGUGUUUGUCUUCUCAGGUAUGACCAGGCCAUAGAUCUGUUCACACGGUCAUGUGCAGGCUACUGUGUAGCCACAUUUAUCCUGGGCAUAGGAGACAGACACAACAGCAAUAUAAUGGUCAAAGAUGAUGGACAGGUGAAGAUCUUAUUUUAACAUCUUCCUUUUUUCCCUGUGUAAUUUCUGUACCUUGAUAAAGUUGAAUUCUCACUUUUCCUUUGUUUUGACAGCUGUUCCACAUAGACUUUGGCCACUUCCUCGACCACAAAAAGAAGAAAUUUGGGUACAAGAGAGAACGAGUCCCCUUUGUGCUCACACAGGACUUCCUAAUCGUUAUUAGCAAAGGAACUCAGGAGUGCACCAAAACGAGGGAGUUUGAGAGGUAAUGACACACAAGCUUUUUAUUUAAGGGCGAUGUGUUAGAGGUUAGGGGUGGGAGAAAAAAUCGAUACAGCACAGUAUUUUGAUAUUUGUCUGGUGAUAUAUCAUAUCGUCUCAUUUACCAAUUAUUGAUUUUUUAAAUUAAUAGCUAAUGUGAAGUCAAAUCUAUGAUAAUGAAAGAAUAAAAUCAACUGAUUGUUCAGUGAGGUUGGCAGAGGUGACAUCAUAGAGCAGGAGAAAGUUAGUACAACAAAUAUAUUUAUAAGGACUGCAAGAUGUGUUACAUGAAAAUAAAAUAUUGUGUAAAUAAGACAAACAUAAAGGAAAGACAAAUGCUAAAUUAGAUAAACAGUCGAAAAAAUUGUAAAAAUCGCAAUAUAUGGUAUCGCAAUACUCACUGUAUAGCAAAAUGUUAAAAAUUGCAAUAAUAUCGUAUCAUGGACCAAGUAUCGUGAUAAUAUCGUAUAAUGGGGCCACUGGUGAUUCCCACCCCUAUUAAAGGUAAAGGCAAAGUUGAAAACAGUUAAGAUUUUCUUUAAAUCCUCCAUGUGUCGUACCUCUUCUUUGCUCAGGUUUCAGGAGAUGUGUUACAAAGCCUAUCUUGCGAUCCGGCAACACGCCAAUCUCUUCAUCAACCUCUUCUCCAUGAUGCUGGGUUCCGGGAUGCCUGAGCUGCAAUCGUUCGAUGACAUCGCUUACAUCAGGAAGACUCUGGCCUUGGACAAGUCCGAGCAGGAGGCCCUGGACUACUUCAUGAAGCAGAUGAAUGACGCUCACCACGGCGGAUGGACUACAAAAAUGGACUGGAUCUUCCACACAAUCCGCCAGCACGCCAUGAACUAGGACAAGGAUUCUGUGGCGUCAGCAGCGCAGUCUGAACAGACAGAAAACUAAGAAGCAAGCAAGGUAUUUUCCCCAAACACAGAGAGGCCUGGUAAAGGCCGAAGCCAGCGUUUAUCCUGAAAUAUUACCUGCUAAAGCACCUUGAAGAAAGGUAAGGGUGCUCUGAAGGGCCAGUUUCAGGGCCACGAUGCCUAAAUGUCCCUGCAGGUUUCUUAAUGUCUUCUCCCUGCAUUAUGAACUCAAGGAAGCAGGGCAGGGUCAUACUCUUAUCACUCGUCUUCAUAGGAACUUAUCAAGUGUGAUGGACCUUAACACUGGCCUUCUUGAUGUAAAAAUGGACACAUUUUUAUUUUCAUAUCUUUUAAAACUUCUUUCACUACAUCUAAAACCAUCAGCAUUAAGAUAAGAAAAAAAAACACAAAGAAGUUGUAUACUUACUUGUUUUCUGUACUGAUGAAAUGACAGAGCAUAUCUGUAGUAUUUCCACUACCUAUUUUGACCUGAUGAAGAUGAUGGAGAACGCACCAAAUCAUUGAAGCUGUCAUAAAAACAACCGUUCUCGACAUUCUUAGUAAACCUGAAAAACAAAACAACAAAACACUCGGCUAGCAUUUAACUGUUGUUGGAGAAAGGACUUAUUUGUAGCUUACAGAUGACUUAUUCUCAGUUUAUAUCCUACAGCAGAUAACUGACUUUUGUACAGCAGUAUAUCCUCAGACUUGUAUGCAUUCGGUGCACAUAUUCCUUUUUGAAUCUGUUUUCUACUGAGCCAAAGUACUAGAUGUGUAACCCCACUACUCUUCAGUCUUAUUGUAAAUCAAAAACAUCAGAAAGUCACUACCAUUCAAAGUCCUGCGUGUCCUCAAAGCACUGAUCUCUGCAGUAUUUUUGUUUGUUUUGUCUACCAGUAUUAUUCUGUCAGAUAUCAAGGCACAAGAGUGUACCAGUCGUCCAACCUCCCCAGCAGUUUGUUCACAGACGGAGUGGAAGCGAACUUACAGAUGGUCAGCUGUGUGAGAUGUUAUGAAUUACUCUUUCUUGAGUUGGUGCAGGGCGAGAAACGCAGGGACGAAGGAUGUACAGUGUUUCUUUUGUGUGCUGUGCUGUUACACUAUGCAAGUUGGGAUCCUAAUAUGUACUGUUUACUACAAAAAAAAAAGACAAAAAGGGGUGAUGUCGCAGUGAAAGACAGGAAAUACAUCUCCCCCAGACGACAUCCUGACGCUGAGCAGUGUCUGCAGACUUCUUACAGACAGUACACUGAAGACAAAAAUGCUGCACCAAAACAGGAUCCUCUUCUUCCCUACAAAAAAAAAAAGAAAAAGAAAAAACAGCUGUGAGAGACGUCUCUUUAGUCCCUGCCUUUUGCUUCUCUGUAGCAGCUUUACCCGUGGAGCUUCAAUCUAAGCCAUCUGUAAAAUUUACAGUUCUGCUCCUGUCUCCUUGUUCUCUAUCAGAUGAAUUAUUUCAAACACACUCUUCCCUUCACGCCUCGUCCCAGAUCAUGACACCUGGGUAAAGAAAAAGCAACUGAAGUGACAUUUUUUAAACCCUCUGAGUGUCUUCUUCCCUCCUCUGUCCUAUGAUUGUCACCCUUAUGUGUGGGAGAUCAAGUUUGCAGGUUGGCUACACUGCACAGCUGCACACAUAAGAAGUCAGUAAAUGUUUCGAGCUUUACCAAAUGAAAUAGAAAAGGGCGGUUUCCUAGACUGAAAGUCAGUCUGACGGUUCAGUUUCUGUUUGCUGCAAGAACUUCAAAACUGCCAGGAAACUGCUCCUUUUGAGAUGCAUGAGCUUCUGUACGGGCUACAGAGCAACGGGCCGGUCCCAAACUAAAAAAACAAAUCCCCUUAUACUUUAUAGAAGUAGCUAAAUGAUGCUAUCCCCAUUUCAACGUACAUGUUAUGAUUGUUUUGUUUCUCACACUGCAUUAUGCAUGAGGUCCUUGAAUAGCUUCUCUCUCUCUUUUUUUGUUUUGUUUGUUUGUUUGUUUGACCUGAUGAUGUUUACUUGAAUUUCAUGUAAGAAAAUGACCUUGUUACUUAUGUGAGGUACAACAAAGUCACAAUGAAGGUAACAGAUUACUGCUACUAAAUGUGCAUAUGCUUUUCCUUGAAUAACUACAGAGGUAAUAUAUUUUUGUAUUUUUAAAAUAUAAGCAAACUCACAUAUGUAACUGCUAACCAAAAGAGAAAAAAAAAAAGGAGGAGUCAUGCAUUUCGUGCACCAUCCUCAUAGAAACCCCCCCCCCCCCAGUAGACAGCUUCGAGUUGUUGAAUCGAUAUGAAUGAAAGCAGCAGAGGUGAAUUGUUGAAUGAAGGACAAGGACUCGAUGCUGUUGUCGAGCGGAGAUCUCCCGCCCUGAGCGGAGGUCUGUAAGCACAAUGAGGAGGGAGAAGCUACCCUGCAUGUUUUUAAAGGAACAGACUUGUAUGUUAGUCAUCCAUUCAUCUGUACAUAUAUAUAUAUAUAAAUAUAUAUAUCACAAAACCUCUACAAAUACUUGUUUGAAUCAUCCUCAUGUAAUCAUGUCUGAUAAAAAAAAACUGUAUGCAUUCAUUUAUUGUACUGAUGAAUAAAAACAUUUCUCCCUGUAUGAAAA